UCUUUGUUGUCACUUCGCUGGGCAGAAAAUCUGAAACUAUUUGUGCAAGGAUGGCUUCUUCGCCGUAUUAUUCACCGGGAAGAGCAAGUAAUUUCAAUGAAGAUAUUUCAGACGAAGAGGAGGAAUGUAGUUAUCUCAGUGGCAGAUCGUCUGAUGAAGACACUGAAGAUGCAAGUGAGACAGACGUUGCUAAGUUAGAAGAAGAAUUCACAGUUAUGAAAGAAACUAUGUAUCAAGAAAAAUUGGCACAGUUAAAGAAACAGCUGCAAAACCUACAAGAUGGCAGCCAUUCUGAAUUGAAUAAAAAACUAAAGAAAUUAGAGCAGAACUACAAAGAUAGAAUUAGAGUUGCUGAGGCUUCCAAGAUGUAUGAGUUAGAAUUUGUUGAGCGUGAGUACAUCAAGGAAAAGAAGGCUUGUAUUAAAGAAUUUGAGGCUAAGAAGAUAGAACUCAAAGAGAACCUGAUAGCUGAGUUGGAAGAGAAAAAGAGGGCUAUUGAGAUCUUACCUCAUCUAAACUUUUUAUUAUCAGAAGAUGAUAUUUUGGAAGAUUUAAAAGUUUUAAAUAAGAAAAUUCUGAAGAGUCUUAAGAACAUGGUGCACUCGCAGGGAAAAGCUGUUACAACAAGAAGAUCAAAUCACCACGACUCGUCAGGAAAUCAUUGCUCGUCAGGCAAUAAUUCGCAUCACAUCUACGAAUGCCGUAUUGACGACGGGAAACUAUUCUACGAUAAACGAUGGUACCAUAGAGGACAACCAGUCUAUUAUGAAAACAAAGAAGGAAAUAAAGUCAGCGGUGUUAUCAGUUCUGUCGGUCAGUCAGAGAUAUGGAUCAGAAAAACCAGUGAUAAUGCAAAAGUCCGAAUUUAUGUCACACAGUUCCAAAAGGGCAAGUACUCCAUUAAGAGACGAUCAACGUGACCUGGCAAGGACAAUGGUUUUCUGUUUGAAGCCAAAUUUCAAUUAUUUUUACUGCCACUUUUAAAACUACUUAGAUGAGUAGUUCCUGAGUUUUAUGAGGGCGCUGUGCACAUGUGUGCUUCUAUUUCAUGACACAAGUAGACAUACAUGAAGGUCAAUGAUGGGAUUUGUUACGUGUCAGACGAUGAUAUCAAUGUGCUUUGUGUCAGAAAUACUACAGUACAACUCCGGACAGUAUAAUGAAGAAGCAUUUCUUCUGAUUCCAUUGAACUCUGUACAUGUAUAAUGCUGAGAGUGCAACAUUUCCUGCAUAUCACGCUUCCCAUUAUAAGCAUAUUCGUGUCUAAUCUAUUUGUACACAGCAUGCAUGUAGUAGUAUUCUAAAUAAUUGACAUGUAUAUACUAUUUGCCUUAUUAGAAGCACAUAAACCAAAAAUGAAUCUUCAAAAUACGACUUAUUUUCCCUCUAGAAACAAUCCUGCAAUGUACAUAUGCUACUAAUAGAGCCAAUGUGGUAUGUACAUUUCAUAAAUAGGAUCCCAAACCCAAUUUGUUACAGGACCUGAUUGCUUGCUCUGUCAAUAUUUUCUGUAAGCAGCAAAGUGCCCAGAUAAAAUCUGAACUGUGUUGUUUCAAUUCAAAUAGCAUACAGUGCUGUGUGAGUAUAUGGCUACAAGUCCAUAUCAUUGUUUUUUAUCAAAAUAUUUUUGAUUGAUUUUUAUUCCCAUUUUUCAAAUUGAUUGUUUGGAUGUGAAUAAUCAUGAAACAGAAAUUAUAUUAGUUAUUUUAGCUCACUGCAAUUGUGAAAACAUUCAGGCUUAUUUGACCCCCCCCCCCCCCCUCCAAAAAAAACUACCUUAUGUAGUAUGUGAUUUACUGCAUUCUUUGUUUUAUUCAUUGAUAAAGGGACAAUCUUUUUGAUGGAAUUUGUAACGGAUUCACAUUUGGGUUAAGAGUAAUCAUGUUUUGUUUUUUUCAUAAAAAGGUACAUUUAGAGGAAAAUUAAAAUUAAUCAACAUAUUGCAUUCUUUUGUGUAUUUGUAAUAAUUUCUGAAAUCUUGCAAUGUAAAUAUUGAAAUAUUCUACCCAACCUCAUUUACCAUGUUAUUUGUUUAUCAUUACUA